AUGGCCAGACCCUGCCAGACCUUGCUGUUCGUGGUGGCAGCUACAGCGCUGGUGCCCAGAAGUGUGCAAGCCUGGGGCUCACCCAAGGUGGUGAGGGCAUUCCAGGACAUCCCCACAGACUAUGUGUACGUGCAGCAGGCACUCUGGUUCGCCAUGAAGGAGUAUAACAAGGCCAGUAAGGACAAGUACAUCUUCCGCGUGGUGCAGAUUCUCAAGUCUCAGGAGCAGGUCACAGAUAGUUUGGACUACUAUAUUGAAGCCCAAAUUGCCCGGACAAUGUGUAAGAAAAUUUCAGGAGACAAUGAAAACUGCUUAUUUCAACAGGAUCCCAAAAUGAAAAAGACGGUUCUUUGCACCUUUAUUGUCGCAUCCAAACCUUGGAAAUUUGAACUCAAAAUGCUGAAGAAAAAAUGCGAAGAUAUCUAA